UUUUGUUUUUCUCUUUCUUCUCUCCUUUACCCUAGGCUACUUAGCAAUUCUGUAUUAACUCACAAACCGUAGAAAAAAAAUUAAACCCAUUGCACUAAGUUUCCACUCCAAAAAAGAAAAGCUAUCAAACUAUUCAACUAUUAAGUCUGCAUCCAAAGAUAGAACAAUCCAUGAAAGUUUCAGUCUUUCACGUGAUGUUACUUUUUUUUAUUAGCUUUGUUUUUUUAUCAUUAUCUGUUUCGGGUUUUCUACACCCCAGCCAGCCACAGCCCACGGAUCUCCAUAAUUGAAAUUGGCUGGGUUCCAAUUGAUUUUUUUUACAUACAUACAUACAUAUAUAUAUAUAUAUAUAUAUAUAUAUUGAAUCAAAUUAAAAGUUUCUGAGAUUGGUUCUCCUUUAGUUCAGUUAUCCCAUGAACUUCGUCGAAAACCUAGUUUGAAGGAGCAGUGAAGGAGGAUGGAAGGGGACCAACUAUUUGGGACACAUUCUCGCAUACUUUUGGUAAGAUACUUGAUGGUAGUAAUGCUGAUGUUGCUGUGGAUCAGUACCACCGAUAUCCUGAAGAUAUAAAACUCAUGAAGGACUUGGGGAUGGAUGCUUAUAGGUUUUCAUUUGCUUGGUCUCGGAUAUUCCCUAAUGGUUCAGGAGAAAUAAAUCAGGCAGGUGUUGAUCAUUACAAUAAUUUCAUUAAUGCUCUACUCGCAGCAGGAAUUGAGCCAUAUGUGACCCUUUAUCACUGGGAUCUUCCUCAAGCGUUGGAGGACAAAUACAAUGGAUGGCUAGAUCCUCAAAUUAUAAAGGACUUUGCAAUGUAUGCUGAGACAUGCUUCAAGCUAUUUGGUGACAGGGUGAAACACUGGACUACUUUUAAUGAACCUGAUGCAUUUACAGUACAAGGUUAUGAUGUAGGUCUCCAACCACCAGGACGCUGCUCCAUCAUUCUUCAUCUCUUCUGCAAGGCUGGAAACUCUGCAACCGAGCCUUACAUAGUUGCCCACAAUGUUCUCCUUUCUCAUGCAACCGCUGUAGAUAUUUACAGGAAAAGGUACCAGGCAAAACAACAUGGAUCAGUUGGGGUAUCAUUUAAUGUUAUCUGGUAUGAACCAGAGAGUAAUUCAACAGAAGACAUUGAAGCAGCUCAAAGAGCCCAAGAUUUUCAGCUUGGCUGGUUUUUGGACCCAUUGAUCUUUGGAGAUUAUCCAAGCUCAAUGAUAACCAGAGUAGGAAGCCGAUUGCCAAGGUUUACUAAAGCUGAGUCCGUUCUUCUUAAGGGGUCUUUGGAUUUUGUAGGCAUUAAUCAUUACACAACCUUUUAUGCAAGAGAAAAUAAAACUAAUGCAAUUGGCCUUAUACUGAAUGACACCGUAGCAGACUCUGGUGCCUUUACAUCACCUUUCAAAAAUGGGAAGCCCAUAGGAGACAAGGCAAAUUCUAUAUGGAUAUACAUUGUACCCCGUGGUAUGAGAAACGUAGUGAAUUACGUCAAAGAGAAGUAUGGAAACCCUCCGGUCAUUAUCACAGAAAAUGGUAUGGAUGACGCAAAUAGCCCACUUAUCACCAUUAAAGAUGCUCUGAAGGAUGAGAAAAGAAUCAAAUUCCACAAUGAUUACUUAACUAACCUGCUAGCUGCUAUCAAGCAAGAUGGUUGCAAUGUUAAAGGGUAUUUUGUCUGGUCUCUACUAGACAACUGGGAGUGGGUAGCCGGGUACACCUCAAGAUUCGGUCUAUAUUUCGUGGACUAUAAGGACAACCUCAAGAGAUACCCCAAGGAUUCUGUCAAAUGGUUCAAGAACUUCCUAGCGUCUGCUUAAAAAUGGAGAAAUCAAUCUCAGCUGUAAGUUUCCAAGACAACUUGUAGUCACAAAUUGCACUUUAUAGAACAGUUGUCAAAGAAGCAGUUGUAAGACAAUUGAAAGAUGAAAAUUCAAUUCCAAAACUGUUCUGAUUCUUAUGGGGAAAACUUUUUG